UCUUCCUCUUUCCUUCUUUGGGAAAGCUUCACACUUAACCUUUCCAAUGGCGACUGAAGCACCAGAGCAAGCCCCCCAAGCCGAUGGAGUCCAAUCUCUUUCAAUUUCCGAGGCUUCACCAUCCAGCUCUUCAAAUCCAACCAUCCAAAUGAGUUUGGAGGAGAAGUUCCAGAUGUUGAGGAGCGUGGCAGAGGAAUGUAUUCAAGAGGACGAGGUUCAGAAUUUGCUGGCUCAUAAGUCCGAACCCAUCGCCUAUGAUGGGUUUGAACCCUCCGGUCGAAUGCAUAUUGCUCAGGGAGUUAUGAAGACGAUAAAUGUGAACAAGAUGACCUCUGCUGUCUGCAGAGUGCAAAUAUGGAUUGCAGAUUGGUUUGCAAUGCUAAAAAAUAAGAUGGGGGGUGAUUUGAAAAACAAUAUCAUAAUUAAACAACUACCAACUUUUCAUACCAGAAUGAAACACUAACAAGUCGCAAAUAUAGUUGCAGUGCAGAGAGAGUUUUUCUCUGUAAUUACUGAAACUACCCUACCCACUAGGGACAUACAUCUUUUGGCAGUGUAGACGACUGGGCAGAGAGGUUCUUCUUGGUUUGGAUGGCCCACAACACAAGGAGGACAAGCUAAUUUGCUUCUGUUGGGUUUAUGUGGGAAGAAACGAGGGACCUGAGAGAGUGGGAGCAUUGUUGCAGAAGCUUCCA